AUGGGGCGUGGCUGUAACCCAUGCCUGGGAUGCAGACAAGGCCAGCGUUGUCAAAUCUGGGCCAGGAGCGACUGGCUUUUCGCGUGGCAUGAGAUAGGGAUGUCUGUAUUUGAUCAGUCUCCGCGAGUCAGCGUGGCCAGUCCCGAAAAUAGCUCAUUCCUAUCGACGCGCGAUGCGGAGAGGAGGGGUCGAUUAGCAGUUGAUCAGCCGGGAUCCAGUUUUACUGCUGUGCUUAUUCGCGCCGGUAUCCACCAACGACAUGCGAUCGGGGCGUACCGUCAAGACUUCGGACUUUCGUGGUGGAUAUCUGCCUGUCCUACCUCCCGAGAGAAUAACAAACACUCGAUGCGCCUCGAACGUGACGGCGGAAAGGCUAAGGUGUCAAGGGAGCAAUCAACCCUUGCACCUAUUGCGAUGGCCGUCCUGGCCUCCUCGCUUCCUCCUGGAGUUUCCCCUCCCUUGACGGAGGAUAACGACCAUAAUCAUAACGGUCUGAUCGUUAUCGUUACUUCACUGGCUCUAUUCUUGGUUCUGGCCUCGCUGGUCAUCAGAAUAUUCGCCUCAUCAAAAAGAGGUCUCAUGCUCCAGGAUGACCACGUUCUUUUUGCCGCAGCAGUUCACUAUGGGUGGGGCAAGUCCAGAGAGCUGAUCCCGUUCAGUGACUACACACAGAUGAAGAAGCGUACAAAGUGGAUGGUCAAUGCUAUCAUAGCAUCAUGUGGCCUAUGGACCAUAGUCGCAAUAUUACUCCUAGCCAUUCGAUGCAACAGCCGUCCUUGGACUGAUAUCGAUUCCGCAUGUGGUGGGCUUUUCCCACGAUGGCAAGCCAUUUGUGCCCUUGACAUUGUUUUGGAAGCCGUAAUCCUUGCAUAUCCAGCGAUAACGAUCCGAAAUGUGCAAAUAACCUUGAGCAAGAAGCUAAAGGUUCUAGCCAUUCUGAACUGCCGGAUAUAUUCCUCCAACCCCACGCUUGUCGGCACCUAUGCCACCAUUGUCGCAGAGCUACACCUCAGCCUCAGCAUCGUUCUUCUCACAGUCUCAUGCCUAAAAAUGUUCGUCGCGGUUUACGAGGAUGAUCAUGGGCUCGCAUACACGGAAGAUGCUUCGAAUUCUCACAGUCGCAGCGGGCGCAGCGGGCCCAAAUCAUGGCGAUCAUCUCGCCCGGUCAAAGACCUGAGCUCUUUUGGUAGCAGUUGUAAUGAAGAGGAGCCGAUCUUACGGACGGAAGCGACCGUGUCGGCCUCCUCACCGCCGCUUGAAGGGCACCGCCGCAAUGCGAUAAUGAAAAGUGUACAGAUAUCGGUGACCCGAGAGAGCAUUGAACUGGGCGAGAUGGCGGGACCAUCCUCUGCUGCGAUACCUAGGUCAACAUGA